AUGGAUGAUGAUAAGAAUUCAUUUGUUUCAUUCAUCGAAAAUGCAGAUUUUGAUCCGAAUCAGCGGCUUAUAUGCGAUUUAUACCCAUUUUCAGAAGAUGGAUAUUCAUUACUUGAAUAUUGUUGUUAUCAUGGAGCAAUUGAAUGCUUCAAUUUAUUAAGAACAAAAUGUAAUUCCGAAAUCACUGAAUAUUGCCUUCAAUUUUCAUUUUUGGGAAGAAAUCAAGACAUCAUUAAUGAAUGUUUGAAAAUGUUUAAACCAGACCCGUAUUGUAUGACUUGUGCAAUUGCAACACAUAACAUAAUUUUGGUCAAAGAUUUGAUUAGUAAGCAUGGUUUAAACAUUAAUUUAGAAGAUUGUUGGAAAUUCUAUAACCUUCAAGCAUUUUUUAUUUAUUUAGAAACAUCAAAAGAUAUCAACAAUUGCUUCGUUUGUUCACCGAAAUUUUAUUUGCCAUCUCUUUGCGAAUAUUUGAUUAAUAUUGGAGCUGAUAUCAAUGCAAAAGAUAAAAAUGGACAUUCUGCUCUUUAUUUUGCAAAAGAAAAUGGAAACAGAGAGAUUUCAGAAUUUCUCAUUUCAAUUGGUGCAAAAGUAGAAGAGCAAGAUUUAUCACUUCAAACUUCUAAUGACUAUAAUCAGGAUGGUAUAAAUAUUAUUCAAAAUGCUUUUAGUAUUAUAAAUCAGAUAUUACAAAAUGGCGUAAUUAAUCCAGCAAGUGAAAAAGAAAUUACAGAAUUACUUGGCAUGCUACAUAACAAUUUUUCAGGUAUUAUUCAUAAUACCCAAACUGAAUCAAUAGACAAAAUACAGACAAUAUAUCAAAAUUUAUUAGAGAAGCAUACGCAUCAAAUUAAAGUCAAAGAUCUUAGUUGGCAGAAGAUUUCUAGGUUUUUCCACCAGUAUGAUCCCGAGGAACAUAAAAGCAUCUUAAACAUUGUUUAUACGAAGAAAAAUCAUUAUGAUCAAAAAGAUAUUGAAAAUGCUAACCAAAUUGUAAAACAGAUUAUAGAAUGUACAAAUAGCAACAACAAUAGACCAAAAAGUCUUUUGAAAUUUAUAGAAAACUGUUAUACAGAUUAUCAAUACUUUGGCAAUAAGAAAUUUUUAGUUGAUCAAAUUCAAUAUUUUUUUGCAAAAAAACCAAUGGAAGAAUUCUUAUCAGAUGUUUAUUCAAAUGAAGUACGUUUAUGCAACUUUUUCAAAAAAAUUGUCCAUCAGGAUGAUCGAUUAAGCAUUAUUAUUGCAAAAAUUAUACUAGAUGACAAUUCUAUGAGCAAGCAAAGUGAAUAUACAUUUGAUGGUGAAGGAAAAAGACAAUUUCAAGCAGAUAAGCUCGCGCCGGAUAUCUAUUCAAUCAGGUAUCCCCUAAUCUAUAAAAAUGCUUAUAGAACAUAUCAGGUUAAUACUAGUGGAAUCUAUGUUAAACACCCAACUGACAAAAAAAAUAAUUUUUCAUGGAUAAAUAUUCUAAAACCUCAUUUGGAUUUCUCGAUCAAAAUUAGCAGAUAUUGCAUUAGCAAAUUAUUCGAUUGUUACAAAAAUGUGCCUACAUUUAAUAGUAAAAUUGUAGAGAAACUAAGGAAUAAAGUCGAUGAUUCUACACUUCAAGAAAUCCAAAACAAACUAAAUGAAAUAAAUGAAUUGGCUGUCAAAAUUUUAAAUGAUGAAGAAUCAAAAGGCAACCAAAUUUUCUCCGAUCUGACUAACCUUAAUUUGACAAAAAAGAACGAAAAAAAUCUAGAUUCCUUAUAUGUAUUUAGGGAGAGACUCUUCCAUAAAAAUAAUGAUCUAUUUGAAAAAUAUUGCAAUUUUGUUGAUAACUGCCCUUACCCUAUUGAAGAUUAUUAUGACUGUAGAAUGUUUGAAGAUUUAUAUAAACUCGAUAAAGAAGUUACUGAACUUCAUAAAAUUUUUGCUACUAUUGCUUUUUAUUAUCUAAUACGUUCAACCAACGAUGAAAUGAAGAAAGUUAGGUUUCAUUUGAAAAAUUUGUUAACUCAAGGUGGAUUUGGAGAUGAUAGGAAAAAAAUCUUCGAUUCUGCAACGGAUACAUCAGCUCUAAUUUCAAUUGCUGAAUCAGCACGCACAAAGAAGUCAUUAGUUUUUGCUCUUGUUUUCUUCCAUCUACUGAGAAAUUGUCCUGAUGAUGCAAAUGUAUACGAUGAUAUUAGAAAUUAUCAUUUACUCAGCUUUAUGUGGCAUGGAGGAACUGAUCAAUCGAAAAAUCUCUCUCUUAAAAUGAUGGAAAUUGAUUAUAACAAAAUAUACAAAAUCACACCCAGAAAAUGA